UGUCAUGGCUGCUCACUGAUGCCACUUGCACCACAUGGGUGGAAAUAAACAUUUUUAUCUCUGACUGAGAGACACCGACUCGGUAUUUUAAUAAAAGCGAUUAAUCGCCGGCUCUGAUCCGGGACCGUCCUGACUUGAAGGCAGCAGCUCUCUCUUCACUGUAGCGGGAAGCAGAGACGUUCAGUAAUGCCGCUGGACGUAGAGAUCCCCGUUCUCCGAGGCUUUUUAACACCCAGCGAGGCAGCGGAAUGGAAGCAGAGUGUUUUCUGCACUGCAGAGGCAGGUUCUCUGCUGGAGUCCUUGAUGGAAGGCGACUUUGAGGCGGUUCUUCUGAGUCCCCAAGUUUCCGAUUUGCUCACUGGAGAUGGCAACUUCAGCGAGGGGGAGGAUAUUGAGGCCUACGUGGAAAGACAGGUCCUACUGUACCUGACUGGUGGUACCAACGAUGACCAGACCAACAGGGAGCUGGCUGUGAUGGCCCUGGCUGUCUCCUGCCUCCACGCCUUCGUCCAGAGUAACUGGACCGGUCCUCCAGUGUCCAUCCAAAUCUCUGACCUGCUGCCCCAGGCCCUGCUGUCCUCUCAGCCCCAGACCCUGGUCGAGGUUAUCCACUCCAGCCUGCUCCUGGACGGGGAGUCGGUGUACAGCCUGGUCGCCAACCCCUUCCUCCUCCUGCUGGCCAGAGUUAUUCUCACCAAGUGCUCCUCCAAGAUGGACAGCCUCCAGCUGCUGCCCUGGUGGACCCUACGCUACAUCAACCUGCAUCAGCAAAUCCUGGAGGCUCGUUCUCCACAGCUGCUCGACUUGGCCCACAGCUGCAUGGACAAAGUGCUGAAAUGCCAGUCCCUGUUGUCGGAACAGAGAAACCUGGCCAUCCAGUUCCACCUGGAGUGUGUGUACACCAGUCUGACCUACUACGAGUACCAGCCAGCUAAGGACCACAUGAAGAAGGCCCAGGAGCUCUCAGGGCUGAAUAUCAACAUGACUGGUGCCCUGGGCAAACGGACCCGUUUCCAGCAGAAGUACCUAGCUCAGCUCAUCCUUGAGGUCAGCAGGAAGCAGGACCAGCCUGACCAGGUGGACAGUGAGCCCAGUCACACUCCCACACCUCAGGCCUGCCUGCCUAAGGACUACAGUCUGGGUGAUGACACCGUACUGGAUAAGAUCAGCUUAGCGGAGCCAGAUCAGUACAGUCUGCCUGACCUCAGUGCAGAGGAGCAGGCUGUCAUCCUGGGCGUCUGCACUGACUUCCAGAAGAAUAACCCUGUGCACAAACUGACUGAAGAGGAACUCCUAGCCUUCACAUCUUGUAUACUGUCACAGCCCAAGUUCUGGGCUGUAGAAGUCACAGCGCUUUGCCUCAGGACCAAACUGGAAAAAGGAAGCUCCCGGUGUGUUGAGAGAGCCAUGAUGCAAACCCAGGCUGUAGUAGACCACUUCGAAGACAAGAACUGUCCCGUGACUGAGAGGCUCAAAGUCUUCUACUGCUGCCAAGCCCCGCCCAGAUGGGCUGUCCAGAAACAGCUGGCCAGCCUGCUGACAGAGCUGGGCUGCAUCAGUUCGGCUCUGCUCAUUUAUGAAAAGCUGGAGCUCUGGGAGGACGCCGUUAUCUGCUAUGAGAGGCUGGGGCAACAUGGCAAGGCCGAGGAGAUCGUUCGCAGGGAGCUGGAGAAGAAGGAGACGCCCAGUCUGUACUGCCUCCUGGGAGACAUCUUGAGGGACCAUCAGUACUAUGACCGGGCGUGGGAGCUGUCGGGCAGACGCAGCGCCAGAGCCAUGCGGUCUAAAGCCCUGCUGUACCUCCGCAACAAGGACCUACAGCAGUGUGUCGACUGCUUUGAGCAGUCGCUCAAGAUCAACACUAUGCAGCUUGGUGUGUGGUUUUCCCUCGGUUGUGCCUACUUCGCCCUGGAGGGUUACGAGGGAGCUGCCAGGGCUUUCCAGAGAUGUGUGGGACUGGAGCCAGAUAAUGCAGAAGCGUGGAACAACCUCUCCACAGCUUACAUUCGCCUCCAGAAGAAAAACAAAGCCUUUCGUACUCUGCAGGAAGCCCUGAAGUGUAACUACGAACACUGGCAGAUCUGGGAGAACUUCAUCGCUGUGAGCACCGACAUCGGGGACUUUGCUGAAGCCAUCAAGGCCUACCACCGUCUGAUGGACCUCAGGGAAAACUACAAGGACAUCCAGAUUCUUCAGAUCCUGGUGAGAGCGGUGGUUGAAAACCUGACAGACAGCCAGGGGCAGCAGGCGGUAACCCUCCAGUCCAAACUGAGGGAGCUCCUGGGUCGGGUCAGCUCCCGCCACAGCAGCAACUCCGAGGUGUGGCGGCAGUACGCCCUGCUGUACGGCAACGGCCACAGCUCCAACCCGGAAGACAACGAAAAGGCACAACAGUUCUUGUCCAAGGCUCAUCGCUGUGAGGUUCAGGCUGGAGGCUGGGAGAAAGAACCUGGCCUCUUCAAGGAGGUGAUGCAAAGAGCCAUUGAUAUGGGAGAAGUGACCAUGAGUUGCAGUAAGAAGAAGAACAAUCCAACAGAAGCUCUUCAGAUGCUCUCCUCUGCCCGUCUCAGCCUCCGGAGUUUGGCCACCAAAGCUAAGCAAAUGCACACAGAUGUGGCCACAGGUCAGAUCCACAGCGAGCUGCAGGACGGCGUUGCUGCUCUGGAGCGACUCAUCACUGAGCUGCAGGAGCUGAGCGGCAAGCUGCGUGACCAAUCACAGUGAACCGUCCUCAGGCCACGCCUCCUCCUCCUCCUCUCUUUUAAGGAAACAAAGCCAGAAAGCCUCACCGACACUGACGACUAAUCAGAGACAGACAAAGACUCUCUCAGCCUUGGUGAACUUUUGAGCUCCUUUCAAUGAUGAGUAAAAACACAAAGGACUCACAGAGGAGGAGUCAUGAUGUUUUUGUUCCUCUGUGUCCAUAUUGGAACAUAAACAAUGACUACAAGGCAUCACAUAAUAAAAUAUUCAAAAUUUUUAAUGCUUUGAAAUCGUAUU